AUGGAGUAUGGAAAUGAUGUAUGGCUGUCUCUUCUUGAAAAUGCGGGUUACCAGAACACCACGUUUUGCACUCACAGCAUCUAUCCAGAAGAAUUGGUUAUGAAAUUAGCGAACGCCGCCGUGACCUUAAUAGCUGACGCUUCGACCGCAGAAGAUUGUCUUACUUACUUUGGACGCUGCUUCAUACGAGCUGCUCGGGCCUUCAAAUAUGAAACACUAAUCAAAAGUUGUGGACGUUUCUUUUGCCACUUCCUUUCCGGAAUAGACAGCGUUCAUCUACAUAUGAAAUACAGGUACCCAAAAAUGGAUCAUCCCUUUAUUUACGUUUUGGAAGAAGAUGACCAUGGUGUCGUCGUACAUUACAGAACAUCGCGUAAUGGAUUCUACCCCUUCCUUUACGGUUUGUUAGAGCAAGUUGCAAAGGAUUUCUAUGGAAUUCGUCUUUCCAUGACAGCGAUUUCCGAAAAUCCAUACGAAUGCGAUGAAGUGGGAUACCAAUUUCGAAUUCGACUCAAUUUCGACAACCGUAAUUACAUGGCUUGUAAGACCAUUGAAAAUGGGGCCAUGGCACUCGAACGUAAAGGAAACUUCCUCGGAUCGACAACUUGCAGAAAAGAAGCAACAACUGAUCUCUCUAGUCGCAUUUUGCUGAAGCUUUUCCCUUUCAGUUUGUUGUUUAGCCCAGAUCUGAAGAUAAUCUCUGUUGGCCACUUGAUGAAGCAAAUAUUUCCGUCGCGGAUACUGAUAGGACAAAUCCUACCAGAAGUUGCUCGAUUACGACGUCCCAGAUUAAACCUCACGUGGGAAAAUUUGGUAACACUUAAACGUGUCGCCUGUGAACUGGAAAUGACAUUGGUUCAUAACGGUAGUUGUAAACGUCCGUUGUUAGAUACUGCGUCGAACGACGAACCCCGAACUUUUCUUCGCGGAGAAAUGCGGCAUAUCCAAAAUUGGCAAGCAAUCAUAUAUCUAUGCAAUCCAUUAAUUAACGAUAUGGAAGACUUGUCCAACUUGGGUCUCGCUCUCGGAGAUCUUAGUUUACACGGACACGGUCGCGAAAUGGUAAUGGCAGGAAAGCAGCAUAAUUCCAGAUUGGAAGAUCUGUACGAACGAGCGGAAGAAAAAACAAAUGAGCUGCAUAAAACUCAUGAACUUCUCGACGAAUGGAAGCGAAGAGGUGACGAAUUGCUGUAUUCUAUGAUUCCUCAAACAAUCGCCGAAAGCCUACGGAGAGGCAAAGAACCGGUUGACACCUGCGAGGCUUUUGACAACAUAACUGUCUCGUUUGUCGAGAUGACAAACAUUGAAGAUAUAAUGGCUAAAAGUGCGCUAGAGGCCGUCAGUUACAUCAAUGCUAUUUUCUCUGCUUUGGACAAAAUAAUGGACCAACACAACAUUUACAAGGUGGAGACGGUAGGAAAAGUAUACGUGGUUGUCGGAGGUGCACCGACGAGAAAUGAUACGCACGUCAAAGAUGUUUGCAUGGUGGCCCUUGAAUUUCGCGAUGUCAUUAAUGAGUUGUCCGUGAAGAAUGAUACACCUGUUCAGAUUCGCAUAGGUGUCCACUCCGGAUCUGCGGUUGCUGGAGUUUUAGGAAGGAGACAGCCACGAUAUUGUUUUUUUGGUGACACCGUCAACACUGCAGCUCGGAUGCAAACUACAAGUUUGCCGGGCAAAAUUCAUAUUUCUCGUGAAUCUUAUAACCUUUUGCAAUGUUUUGUUGGAUUUAUCUGUGAAAUGCGGGGAACUGUGGUGGUUAAGGGUAAAGGCGAAAUGGAAACCCAUUGGCUCUUACGGUACCACCCACUUCAUGAUCGAUUGUUACAUGACGAUGAUUGCCGUGCCACAUAGUUUGGAGCUCCCUAUUUACCAUUUUACGCAACAUGUGACAAUUCCGGAUGAAAAAGAAAGAAAAUUUCCGUAAACGAGGCUGGGUAAGAAAACACGUAACGAUUUGAAAUUCAUUCCCACACUUUUCUUUCCAUUGUCGAUCCUAAAUUGCCAGAAAUUUCUUACUCAUUAUGUCUCUUUCGUUUGGGCACGCACUAUCCCGAUUUUUCCUCUUAGAAUUAUUCAUCUAGCGUAACGUUUGGUUGUUACU